AAUCGCGCUGCGUUGCAGAUGUCGAAAGACGAUCAGCGAUCUUCGAUCGAUUCGCUCGUACUCGAUCUCACAAGUUCGACUGGGGCUGAUCUAAGUGACAGAAUCGUUGUGUCUACUUUCAGGCAAAACAAAACAUUGUGCUAAAUUCUCCAGCAUGGCGACCGUCAUCACUAUUGACGUUAAACUAUCGCGAUAUAAUGAUCAACCAUGGGGCUUUCGACUCUCUGGAGGCGUGGACUUUACUUUUCCUUUGACUGUCGUUAGGGUGACGAUCGGGGGCCUGGCCGAUACAGCUGGUCUGCAAGCGGGCGACGUGGUGAUCCGCGUGAACGAAGAGCCGAUAAGUCAACUCACACACGCGCAAGUUCACGAUAAGCUCGUCAACGUCGGCAACGAUAUCGUUCUAUCUGUUAUACGAAGUCACGAGAUCGCGCGGCGACAACAGGGGCAAUAAUGGGCAUCCCAUUGCUGACGGAUGGCCUUAUACUUCACGAGCUCUCAAACCUAACGUCGUCGCGGCGGUGUAGCGCGCAGAAUAAAAGUGGAAAAGUCCAGCGCACAUGGUAUCGCGAUGCGAAGACGCGAGCACGAGUUGUAAAACGAGACGAAUGGAAUAAAAUUGAUGGAAAAUACCGA